AUGCGGGCCAACGGACAUCGUGCUGACAACAAUUUACAGGAUGUCCGCGUUGGUCGGCACCGUGAUAAACUUGAACUAAUUCGUGACUCAUUGCGACCAUUCGAACAAACUGGUAGUGAUGCUCCGACUGCUGCAGCCGAGCAGACCGCUUCGCAUCCAGAAUUACACUCACUUGUUGUGGACACUGCUGCGAAUUCGGGAAUUGUUGAGCAACAACGAGCAAUGGUUGACAAUCUUGUAGGGCAAGGAUAUGAACAGGAUGCUGCUUUUUAUGCUUUGAAAUUGGUGAAGUUUGCGAGUACUGCCGCUGCUAUAGACGUCUUAAAGCAUAUUAAUCAUGACCAUGCAAAUAUGGAGGAAACAAAAAAUGACCGCCUUCUCAGCGUCCUGACACCGAACAACAAUUCAUCUACAAAUGGGGGUAUUCAUGUGCAAAACAAGCAGACAAAUGGUGCAUCAAACGGUAAUUUGUUUCCGCUGCAGUUUGUCACUGUUGAAGAUAGUGCUUCCUCGCGUUCCACUUCACCACUACCGCCUCAAAUGCCGUCACCAACCGCUGGCGCAGUGCCGGCAUUCGCAUCGACAGCGGGUCAUAUAGCAACGUCAACGGCAUCAUAUGUGUCCAUGGCCGGCCCAUCCACGAAUUCAUCACCUCAUUCGGUCGUAUCGAAUGCUGCUCAAUCGGGUGGAAUGUCUAGUUCUUCUCCGCAUAAAGGCUUGCGACGACAAUAUACUCCUGUUGCACCGGAUUACCAUCGGACGCAUGUUCACAUAUCAACAACACCGUAUACAGCAGAUUUUUAUCAGCCACAAGUUCGAUCACAGCAGGGGAACUACAAACCGUCAAUCUAUAUCGAACGUGGUUCGGAAAGACCAGUUAUGAAGCAACAUUAUGUGGUGAGGGACACAUAUAAGAGCCCACUGGACUCAUCAAUGUCUGCUCCUAUGGGGCAGUCCACAUCUCACGUUCAAAUAGGAGGAGUUCCACCACAUAUUAGCCGAUACGGACAGCAAAAUCAUCCUGUUAUUCGAACUACGUUUAGUGCUGCCCCACUAAAGAGUAUGGUGAACAUUAACGUCUCACCAAUAAACGCUGUUACCGAUACAAGAGCGUACCGACUGGAUGUCGCCGGAAGAGACGGUGUCUCUUCCGUUCAUGGAAUUCCUGGACAAAUCACCGGAGUGCAGAACAUUAUGGUUGAUCCAGACAUGUCUCAUCGAGGAUAUAUUGGCUACGAAGAUGAGCUGCGUCCAAAACAUCCAACCAACGACGUCAUGCCGUCCACAUCCAAAGAACAGUCAAUGCCUGUGAGACAUGAUCGACUUGAGCGCACUUACGGUGUCGCGCUGCAGCAUCCAGCUACGAGAACAGAAACAUCUCAAAAUUCUGUGACUCGAUGUACAUCACCUUUGCCGGAAUCCAUUUGUAGUCGUUUGAAGCAACAAAAAUAUGAGAAAUAUAUGAAACCUUGCAAACCGCGAAUGUUUUGCUUCUUCAUGGAACAGCACGUUGAACGACUCCUUGCUCAAUACAAAGAACGCAUGAAACGAGCACAUCAGUUACAACGAGAAAUGGAAGCCGCAAAUCUACCGGAAUCAAUGAAGCAGAAAAUGUUGGAUUUUUUGCAGCAAAAAGAGUCCAGGUACAUGCGACUACGACGGCAGAAAAUGAAUAAAGAUAUGUUUGAAGUACUGCAACAUAUAGGUGUUGGUGCGUUCGGUCGGGUAUCCCUCGUUAAAAAGAAGGACUCUGGUCAAGUGUAUGCCAUGAAAAGCCUGUUGAAAAAGGAUGUCAUCAUGAAACAGCAGGCCGCACAUGUUAAAGCAGAAAGGGAUAUUCUUGCGGAAGCUGAUUCGCCUUGGAUUGUGAAGCUAUUUUUCUCUUUCCAAGAUGACCGAUGCUUGUACUUCGUAAUGGAGUACGUCCCAGGUGGUGAUAUGAUGCAGCUCCUUAUAAACAAAGGAAUAUUUGAAGAGAAACUUGCUCGGUUCUACAUAGCUGAGCUGACAUGUGCAAUUGAAUAUGUCCAUUCGCUGGGAUUCAUCCACCGUGAUAUCAAACCAGACAACAUACUUAUCGACCAGCAGGGUCAUAUAAAGCUAACGGAUUUUGGUUUGUGUACUGGUCUUCGUUGGACACAUGAUAGACGAUACUACGGGCCGGAGAAUGACUCGGAACCAUCCCAUCUGCGCGCUGAUUCUUUUUCACUUCCACCCGAAGUGGCCGCCGUCGAACAGAAUAUGAAGUUGUUGAACAUUCGUCACCAGAAGAAACGCGAUCAGGCUCACUCUGUUGUUGGAACUGGUAACUAUAUGGCUCCAGAAGUAAUACUGAAAAUAGGUCACACACAGCUUUGUGACUGGUGGUCUGUAGGCGUCAUCCUCUAUGAGAUGGUGUUUGGACGUCCACCAUUCAUGUCUGUUGCUGACGAUCCUAAAGAGACACAGUAUAAGAUCAUUAACUGGCCGAGAUUUCUCGAUGUUUCUCCUCGUGCAGGAGGUGGUCAUCUAUCACGUGACUGUAUCUCUCUUAUACAACGUCUUUGUUGUGACAAAAACAAUAGGAUCGGAUCGGUCGGGGCUCGUGAAGUUAUGGAUCAUCCAUGGUUUCGGGGGAUUGAUUUCAAAAAUUUGCGGUCCGUUCGCGCUGAAUUCAUUCCGAGAGUCGAUCAUGCCGAAGAUACAUCGAAUUUUGAGGCCAUUGAGAUAAGUGAAUCACCAUUUGAAACUUUGGGGAAACGUGCACCUAACAAUCCAGCAUUCUACGAGUUCACAUUCCGACAUUUCUUCGAUACUGACGGGCAAGGCUGUCCGAGUCUACGUCCGGCGCAGAAACGUCCUCCUCUCGCACCACUGUUCGAGGGUACUGGGGCACGUCAUGAAACUGUUAGCAGCUCGGAGUCAAUCGUCAUCUAA